UUGAAGCCAUCGUGAUCACGAUGUCGGGUGAGCCGUGAACCUUUAYUGCCGAAGAACUCAAGCAUAACAACAACACCACGAAAAUAUCAACUAACUCAUUUUGCCUAUUCAAUAGACUUGGAUAGGRCUUAUUGAUGACCACCUAAGCUGGCCAAAUGAGAAAUCUGUCGUGUUUUGCUCGUAUUCACAAGACCAGUCAUGGCUGCAGAGUUUUCGUUUGAUUUGGAAGCCGUCUCUAUCCCUGAUAAACUACUCAAUGGCACAAGUUUUACAAGUUGGGACGAGGAGAAUAUCGUUUUUAAUAAUAUUUUUCGYAUUGAUAAAUAUGGCUUCUUUUUACACUGGCGAGUGCAAGAAGAAAAGGAAGGAAACUGUAUUGAAAUAAGCACUAUUAGUGAAGUCCGUCCAGGGUAUAUUCCUAAGGACACAAAGGUGCGUGAAGCUUUGCUUCGUACAGGCCAUGAUCCACUGGAGUUUAGAAUGCUUACCGUUGUUUAUAACACCAGCCUUGUUGAUGUGUCUUUAAUUCACCUGUGUGCAGCCAAUAAACAGCUUGCAAAGGAAUGGUUGGAAGGCUUGUUACCUUUACUGUAUAAUAAUCAGAUCAACAAUUUCAACAUCAUGACACAGCUCUUCAAACAGUAUGUCAAAGCAGAGAUUCUUUCAAGCACAUCAGGGACAAUAUCUGUCAAAGGAAUAUGCAAGGCACUGAAUGCUGGCAAGCUGGAGCAGUCUGUCUUAAAUGGUUUGCGUGACUUGGGUCUGUCUUCUGGAAAGAAUGAUGAAAUGACUAUUGAAGACAUGUCAUUUGAGAACUUCUAUCAGUUAUACUUGAAGGUUUGCCCUCGUUUGGAGAUUGAUCAGCUGUGUGUGAAAUGGGGGGGUGGGAGAGCACCUUACCUCACAGUAAAUCAGUUGGUCAAGUUCUUGAAUGAGGAGCAAAGAGAUCCUAGAUUAAAUGAGAUUCUCUACCCAUAUUAUGACAAAGAAAAGGCUUUAAACAUCAUCAGAAAAUAUGAAAAGUCUAUGGAUAUGCUGCAAAGAGAUCGUAUUAGUGUAAAUGGCUUAACAAGAUACCUCCUUAGUGAAGACACAACUGUCCUAAAGAAAGAUCACCUCAAUUUAACACAAGACAUGAAUCAGCCUCUUUCUCAUUACUUUAUUAAUUCCUCCCACAACACGUACCUGAUAGGACGACAAUUUGGUGGCAAGUCAUCAGUUGAAAUGUACAGACAAUGCCUGAUUGCUGGUUGCAGAUGUAUAGAACUUGAUUGUUGGGAUGGUCCCAAUGAAGAACCUUUGAUAACUCAUGGCAAUGCAAUGUGUACAAAAAUCUCUUUCAAGGAUGUUAUAGAAGCCAUCAGAGAUUCUGCAUUUAUCUCUACUGAUUUUCCAGUCUUAUUGUCAUUUGAAAAUCAUUGCAGUAAGCAACAACAGUACAAGAUGGCUAGUUACUGUGUAGACAUUUUAGGUGAUGCUCUUGUCACUAAACCCUUUGAUUCUUGGCCAUUAGAGGAAGGCAGGCCCUUACCUUCACCAAACCAACUCCGAGGAAGAAUUCUCAURAAAAAUAAAAAACUGAAACCUGAGCAAGAAGCUGAAGAUUACAGUGACCUUGAAUCAAUGUGUGCAACUUUGCGAAGGGACAGUGGSAGCUUAAAGGAAACAGCCAUUGUGGAUGAUAACAUUGAAAAUAACAAAGAUGAAAAUAAAGAGGUUGAUGAGAAAAAGACCUUAGAAGAAACUAGUAAUAACUAUUCCAAUGACGAACGUCUUUCUCAAGUAGAACUCAACAAUCUAUUACAAUUUAGCAGCAAAGUGACUUCAGAAAUUAUCAAAAAUGCUGCAAAUGUUGUCAUAGAGAAAAAUAAGAAUGUACAUAACAUGAAACGACAGUGUCACACUGUGUCAGAGUUUUCGUAUUUAUUGAAAAAAGUAGAUGAUUCUAGCAUGACAAAUGGACUUGAUGAGCUUGACGCUGCAUUAAAUCAACUCCAAGAAGUYGAUAUAACUCACUAUUCAAGCUCCAAUUACUACGACAAAGUUAGUAACUGUAACUGCAGUGACUGUGAAGGUGAACCWGAGAGUGUCAACURKUUUAAAGAGACGCUUUACUGUGUUAAAUGCUGCCAUUAUGUUAUACGUAAAAGGGGAUCUUCAGUGGACUCKAUUUCAAGUUUAGAUUCUGAUUCAUCUGGAUCUAAUAUUGAAGAAAAAWUUUCAACUGAUAAUCUGACAGUUACUGUUGUAGUAGAUGGAGAAACUGAUAGUGGUGAUGAUAGACAUGAUGAUAUUACUCCUACACCGUCGCCACAUCCAUCUCCAGCAGUAACUCCCACAAAAGAUAUCAAGAUGAAUCCUCUCACGUUUUUUACUGCAAAUUCAUCACAAUCAAAUGAUUAUUCUAGUCUUCCAAAUAACAGUAAUACAUUUUCUAAUACACUCUCAAGGAAGGAUUCAGACAAAUCCAGUCKAUCGUCCAACAGCAGUGUAACUUCUAGCACAACAACAAAGGAAGUGCGAACUACUUCAACUAGUUCUACAAGUUCACAAAGCACUAUAAUGUCCGAGUCUUUUAAUGGUGAACGAAAAGACUCUAAUACCAGUGUUAAUUCAGAAGUGGUGGCCAGAAAGGAAAGCAAUGCAAGCAGCAACAGCAUAGACUCAAAUAUUGAUGAAGAUGAGGAAAGGGAUGUUGUUAGUCCAUUUUUGUACAAGCAAGAUAAAUUUGGUAGUUCACUGAGGCUGAAUGUCAUGCCAAAGAAGGGUUCCAGGUCAGCAAGCUUAACUCCUGAGGAGUUUGAAUUGAUUAGUAGUUUCCAGGCCCAAAGCACAACUGGCAAUAUCAACCCUUUUCUGUCAUCUCUGGUAAACUACAUUCAACCUGUUCCUUUCCAAGGAUUUGAAGAAGCUGAAGAGAAGAAUGUUUCUUAUCAAAUGUCAUCAUUUAAUGAAUCCACUGGAUUUCAGCUUGUGAAGACAAGCCCAUCAGACUUUGUCAAAUAUAACAAGAGGCAACUAUCCAGGAUCUACCCAAAGGGGAGUAGGGUGGAUUCUAGUAACUACAAUCCACAGGUUUUCUGGAAUGUUGGGUGUCAAAUGGUUUCUUUGAAUUUUCAAACACCAGAUUUAGCGUUUCAGUUGAACCAAGGGAAGUUUGAAAUGAAUGGUUCAUGUGGAUACAUCUUAAAGCCAGAUCUGAUGAUAAGAAAAGACAGAGCGUUUGAUCCAUUCACAGAGUCUGUGAUUGAUGGCUGUGUAGCAGCCUACAUAGCUGUUAAAGUAAUCUCGGGUCAAUUCCUGUCAGACAAGAAGAUCAGUACCCUUGUAGAAGUUGACCUUUAUGGCUUGCCAACAGAUACAGUCAGGAAGAAGUACAAAACAAAGAUAGCUACUAGUAAAGGACUUAAUACUGUCUAUGAAGAAGAAGUGUUUGUCUUUAGAAGGGUUGUAAUGCCUGAACUGUCUUUGCUCCGACUUGGUGUAGUGGAUGAUAAUGACAAACUCCUUGCUCAAAGGAUAAUACCUGUUAGUUCUUUACAAGCAGGAUACAGACAUAUUCCCUUGAGAACAGAAACUGGGAUGAGUAUUCCUCUUGGUACACUUUUUGUGCAUAUUACUUUGAGAAGCUAUGUACCUGAAGGCUAUGGAGAUAUUGUGGAUGAACUGUCAGAGCCAAUCAAGUAUAGAUCAGCAGCAGAGAAAAGGGCGUCUCAGAUGGUGGCAUUUGAAAUCAUUGACGAGCCUGAUGAUGGAUAUUUCCCUCCAUUUAUCAAGAAAAGUAAUUCAGACAAUUCCCUCUCUAAAAUGAAGUCAUCAUCAUUGUCACUGACAUCGCUAAACAGUACCUCAUCAACAGCUUCACUACCGCAGUUUAACAACAGACCAAGAGAGUCUAUUGUCACACUGAGUUAUAUGGGAGCAAGAAGUGGGUCUGAGCUUACAUUACAUAUGGAAAGCAAUCUUCCUAAGAAAUAUGACAUGAAGCACGCUCCCAUUAGCCAAGAAGAACUGAAAAAAGACAAGACAUACAGAAAAGCACAGAAGAGAAACCAGAAAGAAAUUGAAAAUUUACAGAAGAAGUACACAAAGGAAAGAAACAACAUGCAAAAGACACACACUUACCAACUAGAGCAGCUUAUAACAGCUUUUGAAGAGAACAAGCAGGCUGCAUACAAAAACUACGAAAGAGCUGCAAGGCGAUGUGGGGAGGAGAAGACGGCUGCCAUGAAAGUGUAUGAAAAGAAGAUACUAUACCAAAGUCAGCUACAAAGAGAAGAGGCCAACAAGACAUUGUCUGCACAGACUGAAGAAUGGACAGCAAUGAUUGAUAAACAGAUUGUUGAGGAGAUGGAGGUCUAUGAAAAACACUCUGAAGUUCAAACUACACUUCUUAAAUCUGCCAUGAAAGAAAUACAUGAAGUACAGAUUAAAGAAUUAUCGAUCAAACAUGACAGGGAAAAUGCCGAGAUUAAGAAAAAGCAAACCAAGCAAUCUAUUGAACAACAGAAGCUGUUGAUGGGAGACAAAGCCAUCAAAAGCAAAGAAGAGAGAGACAGAAAACAAAGAGAACGUGAUAGGCAAAAUUUCAAGCAGUUUUUAGAGGAACGUAAAAAGUUGGAAAGUAGACAGAGUAGAGAAUUAGAAGAAUUGAAAGGCAGACACGAGGAAGAGCAGCAGAACUUGGAGCAAGAAGUGAAAAAGGCUGUUGCAGAAAAACUUGAAGAAAUUCGUGCAAAAGGUGAAAAGUUACGCAAGGCGAUAAGGUCACCAUACCAGACCUUGCUACCAUCACAUUAGACAAAUUUACGAAAACAAAAGAAGAGAUUCUGGACAUAUAUUAUCCAACAUGCAUACACACAUUAUACUGUACCAUACUGGGAAUCCAACUUGUACAAUGAAUAAUAGUUUACAGAAAAUAAUUUAAAGUAGGACAUAAGUAUAAUUGUACAUAUUAUUGGUGUAUACAUUUUUGGGUUCAAUUUUUAUAUCACAUUCACUGAUCCAAGUGUACAAAUUAUCAAAGAUAUUUAAUAAGAUAUGAUGAUAUUAUACAUAUUAUUGGACCUAAGUAGAAGUAGCAGGUUUAUGUGGACAAGAUGUUUAAAUAACAGUUUACGGUAGCCCAGGAAAAUGCCAUAAAAGACACAAGUUAGUAUGUGAAAUAGUAUGAAACAUAACCAUUACAAAACAUGCAAUCAUGAAUCUAUUAUCAAUGGUUAUUAAAAUGCAUAUUUUGGUAAGACAUAUACAUUAGACUAUUUGACAUGCAAAUAACUUAAUGCUUUUAAAAGACUUUUUUCCCUUUGGUAUAUGUUGUCACAAGUUAAAAAGGUGUGCAGGGACCUUUACUUCAUUUGUAGUUCCAUUUGGCAAGUGCAGAAUGCAUACACUGAGAUCAUGUAGUGUUAUUUCGAGUCUCCUUGGAGACAGUUAGAUUGUGGUUUGCACCCACUGUAAUUCUCCAUGAAGGAAAAUCCUAAAACAGGACAUUUGUCUAUGAUUUUUGUAGUCUUACAGUUCUUAAGAAAAGUCAUUGUGAUUGGCUGGCUGGAACAAUAGGCUCUAUGCUGCUUUCUUAAUUUCCCUCUGCAUGAACCAAUCACCAGUGAUGUUCUUGGGAGCUUUAACCAUACUAAACACCCUUACAUGUAGUCUUAUAUGGAUGGAUUUAGAAGUAAAAUCAACCCAUUGUGAAUCAUUAGUUCAUUAUAUUGUUAUCUAAGUCUUUAGGAUCAUGUAAGAAAAUGACUAAAUGUAUAUAUAAACACACCACAUCACUGUGAAGAACAUAUUUUUGUAUAGAAUUGAAGUUGUAGGUGAUGUAGUACCUAUGAUUGCUUGAAUGAUAAGUGGGAAAGUCAAAUUCUAUUUAUUUCACAAUAAAAAUUAUAUUAACUAAUAUGAAUGAUUGAAACUAUUGCACAAUACAUUGCUUGAUAUGUUAUAAGACUUGAUUGUGUUUUAUACAUUCAAUAAAAAGUUAGGUUUAAAUGAAA